CGCAACUUCGCUCUCGUUGACGUUGAGAUCAUCAGCGAAUAGUUUCUCGAAGAUAAAAAAUGGUUCAGUCCGGGUUCGAACCGGGGACCUCCUGUGAACCCACACUGUGUGAGACAGACGUGAUAACCAACUACACCACUGAACCUCACAGUUUUCACGAGUCGAAUAAAUAUGUCCUAAUAUCAUUGUUCACGUCUACAUUUACCGGUUACACUCUGUCGGUCAAUGUAUGCAUGUCAUGGAUUCGUUCGUCGUCGGAAUGGUCUGUGAUUUCUUCCACCCGGACGUGGGAGGCGUUGAGAAUCACAUUUACAUGCUCAGUGCCAAUCUGAUCCGAAGAGGACACAAGGUAGUGGUCAUAACCCAUAGCCAUCCGCCGGACCGUGUUGGUAUCCGCUGGCUAUUGCCUGCGAUCAAGGUCUACUAUUUGCCGUUCCCGACCAUAGCAUCUUCGGCCACCUUGCCCAACUACUUCACGUUCCUGCCGUAUCUGCGCACCAUUGUGUUAAGAGAGGGUAUUCAAUUGAUCCAUGCUCAUGCCAGCCUCUCGUCCCUCGGACAGGAAGGCAUACUGCAUGCUCAUCUUAUGGGCGUUCGCACCGUCUUUACGGACCACAGCCUAUUCGGCUUCGACGAUGCCGCUAGCAUCCUCACUAACAAGCUCUUGGAAGGUGCACUGCGGAAUGUCGACGCAGUUAUCUGUGUAUCUCACACGGGACGCGAAAAUACCGUCCUUAGAGCCAGGCUCGUUCCACACACAGCCUAUGUGAUUCCAAACGCCAUAGUGGCCGAUCAAUUUAAGCCUGCUGGAAGCAUGCAUCCGAUUGACACAGUCACGAUCGUGGUCAUUUCUCGACUCGCCUAUCGGAAGGGUAUAGACCUCCUGGUUGCCACGGCGCCACGAAUAUGUGCUUAUUUCCCAAAUGUCAACUUCGUCGUAGGAGGAGAUGGACCAAAGUUGAUUGACAUUCUUCAGAUGAGGGAAAAGCACAUGUUGCAGGAUAGGAUCGAGAUGCUCGGCCCCGUGCGACAUAGUGACGUGCGAAACGUUCUCGUGCGAGGUUCCAUAUUCAUGAAUACAUCGCUUACAGAAUCGUUUGGCAUCGCUAUUCUCGAAGCAGCAUGCGCUGGUCUCUAUGUCGUCUCCACCCGCGUGGGAGGCGUUCCAGAGAUAUUACCUGAAGAUAUGAUCUCGUUCGCGAAUCCCGAAGAAGAUGAUGUUGUCCGAGCGAUAUCCGAAGCGAUCAAGAUCGUCUCUGCAGGGCGUCAUGAUCCGUUGAAGGCGCACGAGCGGAUCAGAGGGUUCUACGACUGGAAGGAAAUUACAGGGCGAACCGAGACAGUGUACAAGAAUGUCUUGGGGUCAGAGCCGCGAGACUUUUGGACGCGCAUGUACCGGACAUUGGAGCUUGGACCAUUUUCUGGACUCAUUUUCGCAACAAUCAUGAUUGUCGACUGUCUGUUCUUCCUAUUCCUUGAAUGGUGGAUGCCGAGGAGUCAUAUAGACAAAGUCUAUAUGCAUUGGGAUCAGAGCAGGUUUGCACAGUUGGUGCAGGGCCACGAGGAUCGCCUUGGCCUCCAAGACACCUCUGCGCUAAGCGCAGCUGAUGGAUCGUCAUCAUCCUCCCACAGCGCUGCAGAUAGCAAGUCGGCGAGCCGUAAAUGAGGCAGGCCACGACUGCGCCACUGUGCAGAAUCUGUAAUCAUGUCUUGACAUGAGCUAUUU